AUGUCGAAAUUUUUAAUUCUCCUUACUUUUAUGGUAUUUACAAUUAAUGCUCAUCCAGUUCCACCCACCGCCGAUGAAGCGAAGCAAGAACUCAUAAAUGCUGGAGUAUCAGCUGAAACCGCUGACGGAAUUGUUUCGAUAGCUGAAAAAUACAAAGACCAAUUUGAACAAGGAAAAUCUGACCGUGAAGUCGCCAAGGCGGCUUUUGAAUCGUUCCACAAUGAAGUUCAAGAGUUCAUCAAGACUCAGCCGCAAUCUGAUCAGGAUGCCUACAAUGCCUUUGUCGAAAAGAGAAAAGCCGAACAUAUGCAACACCACAACCACGAGGAGUCCGCAUAA